AUAUAUAAGUGAAUGAGUUUGCCUGAGAAGUGCUGAGCAUUUAAACAUGGGGCAGUCUGGAAAAGGAUCUGCAAUCUGCACCAUUAAGUACCUCUUCCUCAUUUUCAAUGUCAUUAUAUGGGUACUUGGAUGUGGAGUGUUUGCAGUAGGAAUAUGGAUGCAGGCAAACAGGGAUUCCUUCUCCGUGGUUCUGCCCAGCCACAGCUUCCUGACCGCGGCUUCCUUAGUGAUAAUAGCAGGAACCAUAACUCUGGUCAUAGGCUUUGUAGGAUGCUGUGGUGCUUUAGUUGAGAACAAAUGCAUGAUGGUGGUUUACUUCAUUUUUGUCCUGAUUAUAUUUGGACUAGAGAUUGCAGCUACAGCAUUGAUAUUAUCAUAUCAAAAGGAUAUCAAAACAGCAAUAAAAGAAGAAAUGUUAUACAGCUUGGAGUACAGUUCUGAUCCACAAGUCCAGUCAGAAAAGAGGGAAGGAAUCUUACAGCUUAUUGAUACCAUACAAACAGAUCUCCAGUGUUGUGGUGUGAAUAACUACACGGACUGGUAUGACAUCGGAGACCGGGGUAAACAGGUCAGGCCCUCCUGUUGUGUGGACCCUGCACCAGAUUGUGAACAGUCCCAGAGCUUUCUGUGGAACACAAAGGGUUGUAUGGAUGAAAUAGAGUAUUUGUUUUCCAAGAACAUGCAGUACAUUGGGAUAGCUGGUUUAUGUGUGGCAGUUGUUCAGAUUCUGAUGAUGGCAGCAUGUAUAAUGUUGUUCUGCAACAUGAGAGAUAAAUCUAAAUAUUAAUAUAUAGAACUGGUGUGUAAGGCCAACAGAAGCACAACAAAUAAUCUAGAUAUAUACCAAAGACAGUGGUGAUACAUGUAGCUUGUCAGAUCUCUGUUUUGUUUCUGUACUGGACACCAUAUCAGCGGAGAGCUUGGAGAAAAAGUUCCAGUUUUGUUUAGAUUUUCUCCUUAAAUGUCAAUAUAAUAAUGCUUCGCACUUUUGAUAUUGUCAUUUUUUUAGGGUAAACAAAUGUUAUAUUGGAACCAUGCAUAUACAUGUAGUAUUAUUUAAUCUGCCAAAUGCUAUCAUGCCAAUUUUGCACUCUUGAUAUGGGAAAUAAAAGCCAAAGGACAUCAGUUUAUGAAAAAUUGAUAAAUUCCCCGUUAAAUUUUUUUGUAUGAAAUGUUUCAAGAUAUUUUUGCUGGAGUAAGCUGUUUGAGGGAGGAUAUAUGUAUAUCAAUAUUGCCAUAAACUGGAGUAGACAAAGACUUCAUAAGUUCACAUGUUAAAAUUCAUUUCAAAAUGGAUGAAAAAUAAAAUACUGCAUUUAAAGAAGAAUUCAAAUUAUUCUGUAAAUUUUUCGAACAUUUUUAUGUUGUAUAUGAAUCAAGGGAAGUUGUAUUGCAAACUGCCAAAUAUUUGUUUGGGUUUUUCCUUUUUUUAUUCAAGUGGACUGUUGUUUAUUUCAUUAA